AUGAAGUCGACUCUCCUGACUGCCAUUGUGGCAUCUUCCGCGGCCCUUGCAUCUGCUUUCCCGAAGGGCGUCUCGUUCGUCAAGGCCUCGUCUCUCUCUCAGAGAUCCAUCGACGAAGCCGUUCCCUUGACCUUCAUCGGUCAGGCAUUCGUCGACGGGCCCAACGUCACGCUCACCGGCACCGCCGAGUCCAUCUACAACGACCUUCUCGCCAUCAACCCCUCGUACAACGAGUGGGACUUCCCCGAGUACCAGGAGCGCAUGACCGCACUCGGGUUUACCAAGGAAUCGCUCCUCGAGCUCACCCACUCGGGCGACGCCAGCAAGUUGAGGAAGCGCGGCCACACCACCUGCAACCCCUCUGGCGACGAGGUCGGCAACUGGGGACUCCAGUGCAACGAGGGCCUGGGCUAUCUCGGCAGACUCAACGGCUACUGCCAGGCUCCCGCCGGCCGCGGUGGAUGCGCUCGCACCAGCUGCUCUCACGGCUGCGGAAUCUUCCUCUGCAACGACAACCCCAACCCGAUCUCGGUCUGGUGCGGCAACCAAGUCGGGGACGUCUACGACAUCGCGGCCCAGUGCGAACGCGAGAGGACCUCUUACGUCUUUUCCCUUCUGGGACAGAUCUUCCGCGACGGGCCGCCGGCCUGGAACACUGUUGUCAGGAACCAGAACUGCUAA